UUGAAUAACAAAACUUGUCAUCCUUGCAUUCAAAAUUUCAAAUAUUCUAUAUGAAAUAGCAUUACUUGAAGCCAUGGUAAUCAAAUAUUCUUCUCACACGCUCAUCCAGAAUCCAGAUACCCAUCAAAAUCGCCUUGUUUAGAUUUUCUUUUUGGGUGGAAAGGUAUAUGAAAUUAGAAAGGAGGAAAAAUCUUGAAUACACACGAACGAAAAUGGCGGCCGAUUCCUGAAGAAAUCUAGCGUAUCACCUAAAUCUUCGGUUUCUUGAUUCUCCGAUCAUCACAUUCACAACGCCAGUUUCAUCUCCAUAAAACACUAACCACGAAGCUAUCCUUACCUUAAUCACCAAGUUAAAGAAUCUAAAGAAUUAUGCAUUCGCCACCUUCCCUUUUUCCCUUUUCAUGGCAAUCUCCUAACCCCCAUUUCUUUCUUUCUUCUUGGCAUUUUCACAAACACCUUUGCCCAUGUCGAAUUUCAAAGCGUUUCAGCUUCCCUUAAUCUCCCUAUUGCUUUUCACCUCCAUUUUUACUCCAAAUCCAUCCGUUUUCGCUUCCCCUUUUGUUCGCAACCAGACAUUCACCAGGCCAGAUCCUCUUCGCCAUUUCAGAUUGUACAAAGGAGGGUAUGAUAUUCGCAACAAACAUUAUUGGGCUUCUGCGGCAUUUACAGGCAUCCAUGGCUAUGCUAUGGCGGGAAUCUGGAUGCUAUUCGGUUUAACUUUCGGGAGUUACUUGAUCAUCAAGAGCUUUCAUGGAGGUUUUCAUCCAUUCAUCAAUCACCCAAAUUCUUACUUCCUUGCAUGUUUUGCACUCAUUGCUAUCUUCGCUUCAAUCGCCAUAAUUUUUUCAAGUUUGAUCGUGGUAGCAAACCAAACCUCUUUACACAGAAGCAAGAACCUUAUGAACACCAUUCUUGGAGCUGCUAAUUCUAUGAAACAAACAAUUGAAUCUGUAACGCAAGGAUUAAUAAAAAUCCAAACCCUUUUAAGGCCUUAUGAUGUUGAAACAUAUGACCUUUUGGAUCAUAUAACUAAUCAAAUGCAAAAAGAAACAAUUUCGAUUCAGAAUUUUGUUAAAGAAGCACGACAAGCUUCUAAUCAUGCAAUUAAAGCAGUUUAUAUCGCGAAUCUUGUUCUUGUAACAGCAAAUUUUGUAGUGUUAGUUGCAGGAUGUGUUGUUGUAUUCUUGCAUUGGCAUCCAGGAUUUAUCAUUGUUAUUAUUGUUUGCUGGAUCUUGACAACUGUUAGUUGGAUCUUAACCGGGUUUGAUUUCUUCUUUCACAUUUUUGGAGGUGACACGUGUUCAGCUUUUGAGAAUUUUGAACGAAAUCAAAAUCCCGAAAGCAAUAGUAUCAUGUCGAUCUUAUCUUCAUGUUCAAAUUCUUCAAAUUCAGAUAAAUUCAUGGCUCAAAUUGGAUACACUGUUCAUAAAUACAUAUCUGAGUCGAAUUCAGAAAUAACAACAUUGGCUCACAAAAUGAUUCAACCAAAUGAAGAAGGUGAUGAUUCGUUUGCUAUGGAGAGAAUUUGCGAUCCUUUCUCAACUGCACCAAAUUACAACUAUGCCCCUGGAGAUUGCCCACAGGAUUCAAUUCAAAUUCAUGAUCUCCCAAAUAUUCUAUCAACCCUAACUUGUGAAAAAAACAUACCGACAAAGAUCUGUAAAGCACAAGGGAGAUUUUUUCCAGAAUCUUCAUACGGAAAAACAAUGGCGUACAUUCAAUCGAUCGAGAAUUUGAUUGCAACGUAUCCGGAUUUACAGAACCUGACGGAAUGUACGCCGAUCAGAGUCGCGAUUUCCGAUGUGGCUUUGCGUCAAUGUAAACCCUUCAAAACCUCGAUUCGAUUACUAUGGGUUUGUGUUCUUUCCCUUUCGAUUGAUUUGAUGAUUUUGACGUCGUUAUUGAUCGUAAAAGCGUAUCAAGAAAAGGGGAAAGAGUUGUCGUUGUGUUCGAUUGUUCCUAGUCGCCAUUCGUGUUGAGGGUGAUUGAUUGAUAUUGUAAAAUGUAAAGAAAUUAGAGAAUGAUAAAAAAGGAACCCUAGAAAGAAGUCGCAAGACUUGGGUUGACUCAUUGCGUAUAUAAUGUCAAAUAUCUUGAUUUGUAAUGCUAUUAACAAUGUCAAUGAUCAAUAGUAUCGUCAUUGGUUGACUAUUA